GACAAUGUUUUGGGAUCAGGACUUGGUUCUGUCCCUUCGCUGUUAUUUCUGUGCCCCCUCCCCUCCACCACUUUGAUCUUUUCACUGGUCCCAACAGGUCAGGUUUACCAUGCACAUAAGGGGGUUAUCGGGUAAGGUCAUCGGGUCAAAGGGCGUGACGCAAGGAGCAGGUCAAUCCAUGUGGAGGAUAUGACAGCCUACAGCAUACACUGUUAAUGCAUGAAACGCGUACUUUCUUACAUAGAAACAUAGAAAAUAGGUGCAGGAGUAGGCCAUUCGGCCCUUCGAGCCUGCACCACCAUUCAAUAUGAUCAUGGCUGAUCAUCCAACUCAGUAUCCUGUACCUGCCUUCUCUCCAUACCCCCUGAUCCCUUUAGCCAUAAGGGCCACAUCUAACUCCCUCUUAAAUAUAGCCAAUGAACUGGCCUCAACUACCUUCUGUGGCAGAGAAUUUCACAGAUUCACCACUGUGUGAAAAAUGUUUUCCUCAUCUCAGUCCUAAAAGAUUUCCCCCUUAUCCUUAAACUGUGACCCCUUGUUCUGGACUUCCCCAACAUCGGGAACAAUCUUCCUGCAUCUAGGUUAAAAACCGCCGAAAUGAUCCAUUUUUGUGCUGUAAAUAAUUGGAAAACAGCCCCGUCUCCCUCUGUGCAGCCGCACUGUCACGCGCUGUAGGUGACACACCGAACCGACCGACCCUUCCCCCCCCACCGCAGGGACAGACGGCCUGAGGUCCGCGAGUGUGGAACCAGAGUGUGGAGUCUGGAUGCUGGGACAGAAGAAUGGCCAACUAUACUGGCAGCCAUAGUAUGUGCUUACCUGACAUUCACCGCGUGUACUCCAGACGGCGUUGCAUGGCCUUGACUGCUGUGCAACCUCCCUAUUCAAUUCCUUUACAACUCCAUCCCACUUCUGGAGAAUCUGAGGGAUAUUUGCGUCUUCGAGGAGCAGACACUCAACAAGGCCUCAUGGCCUGGCUGAUCUUGUUCUCGCAUUGUACAUUUUUUUCUUCUACACCCACUUCUUCCAUAUCAAAGGUGCAGUUAGGGGCAGACACUUGGACCCAACUAAUGUCUGUCUUGUGUGACAUGUGGAACAGUCUUUGUUUCACUUCCUCAACUCCUAUUCCCGUACAUUGUUGGCUAAAUUGGAGCAGCCACCUGCACCCAUGCAGAAUUCAACAGUUACAUUACUUUAGUGCAAAAAACAAACUGCUGCAGGAACACAGCUGACCAAACAGCAUCGGUGGAAGCAGAGGGAUUUAAUGAUAUUUGGGCUGAGACACUAUAUCAGGCUCCAGCACUGUUUCUCAAUCCUGCAGUUUGAUUAUUGCGCCAAAUCCUAGCGUUUUGCUGUCUCUUCUGUGUCUAUUUCCAUCCCACUUUCACCUUCAUAUGGUCAGCGUCUGACUUGUUGCUUCCCUUUCUCUUUCCAUAUCAAGAGAGAGACUAGCCAUCCACUACAAGCUAACUGACUCCCACAGCUAACUUGACCACUGUUCAACCCAUUCUGCCUCCUAAUGCAUUUUCCCAGUUCCUCUGUCACAUUUGCUCCAUUUGUAAUGGGAAUGGGAACUCUGCCAUGGGAAAACAUUUCUUACUGUUAGACAGUAAGAUAGACAUAUAAUGAGUUGCUCCAGCAUUUUGUGUCUAACUACACACAGUAUGCCGCCUGUGGCCUCACAAAUGUUUCAUAAAGUUUUACCAAGACCUUCCUGGUUUUCUAUUCCAUUCCCCAGCGAUUGAAGGAAACUUUUCUUGACAGUCCUAUUGACCUGUGUUGAACUUUCAGCAAUGUUUGGACUUUGAAAUGUUUUAAUCCUUGACACUGUGUGGCAGUGACAGGCUGGCAGGCCUCAGAACAAUACCUCCAUGUUGCGCAGUGACAAUCUUGAACUUGCAGGUUCACACAUGAAAAAACUGCACUGGUCCAUGAAACUGCUUGCCAAUGCCUCACCCCUCCUCUGGCUCGCAUAUGUGCCUCGUGUGACUGUGGAACUGCCCUGGAUAUUGCCCUCUGUGCUCCCUCAGCCUAGCCGAUGACAAGGAAAAUGCGAUCUAAUAUAAAAAUUAAACGGGACAGACACAUUUUUUCUUAUGUAAGGGAAAUGCUAUAAGGGAGUUGCUUGGUAACUUUCCACCUAACACUUCCACUCAGCAUAUGAAUAACACAAAAUGCCAGCAGGCAUCAUUGUUAUGCGCACGUUCCACUGGUACUGUGGCCGUUUGUUUGUGUCAGCAUGCCUCCUAAUGCAUACUCCCCAUUCCUCUCUUACAUUUGCUCCAAUGGGAAUGGGAAAUGACACCUCUGCCAUGCACAGGGAUGUCAGUGUCAAAUGUCAGUGUGAGCAGUGUGUUUCACAGCCUCUGAUUUGUACAUGAAAUAUCUAAAUUUGGAGUAAUCUUUGUCUUAAUUAACUCAUUAUGGCCAGAGAGUAUCAAAGUAACUGCUCCAGACUGUUUUAAUCUCUGGGCUUGUAGUAUACAGAUGGCUAAUGUCAGAUGCUCAUAAAUAAUAAAUUGGAAUAUUGUUGGAAUAUUACUGUCUAGCUGUCAUGCCUGUGAAUGUGUGUAACAUAAGCUGGAAGUCAACACAUCCGUGGCACAAAAAGGAGUGUGUGCAGGGCCUGUUGGAGGUCAACCAGAUCGCAUUCUUUUUAUUCAUAGCCUUUUACAUGAGAAUGGGUGAAAUGAUCCCAUUAUUAUUCAGCAAUAAACUGGCCGAUGCAAAGAGCAAUGUGAUCCUCCCGCCUGGCUCCAGAUCAGCUCUCCUCAUAUUUAAGUAUUGAGUGGAGGAGGAGAGAGUUGGGCAGAGCCUGAUGUUCACCCUGGCUGGCAAACAUGGGCAACAAGCAGACCGUCUUCACAGCGCAGCAGCUUGAUGCGUAUCAGGACUGCACCUUUUUCACAAGGAAGGAGAUCCUGAGAUUGUUUCACCGCUAUCGAGACCUGGCUCCUCAGCUAGUGCCACUCGAUUAUAAGGACAAUCCAGAUGUGAAGAUCCCAUAUGAAUUGAUUGGCAACAUGCCUGAGCUGAAGGACAAUCCCUUUCGCCAGAGGAUUGCAGAGGUGUUCUCCCAGGACAACGAGGGCAAUAUGACUCUGGAUGACUUUCUGGAUAUGUUCUCUGUGCUGAGUGAAAUGGCUCCACGUGACCUGAAGGCAUGUUAUGCAUUUAAGAUUUACGAUUUUAACGAUGACAAUUUUAUCUGUAAAUCGGAUCUGGAGAAGACGUUGGUCAAACUGACUCGCAAUGAGCUGACACCCGACGAGGUGCGGCUGGUGUGUGACAAGGUUCUGGGGGAAGCCGAUCUGGACAACGAUGGCAAGUUAUCACUGGAGGAUUUCCAGCACAUGAUUGUACGAUCCCCUGACUUUCUCAGCACUUUCCACAUACGAAUCUGAGCAAUGCCAGUCACAGCAAUCCACACAGGAACUCAAACAUCUUGAGAAUAACAUCCUACUGGGCACUGACCUGCCACUUCCUCUGAAUACAAGCCUGUGUGUUUGUAUUCUCAUCCGAUUGGAGAGAAAUCACUCAAGUUUGUUUCUCCAUAUGUGUCACUUAUCACCCGUGUUGCAUUUCUCAUAUCUAAUCCCUAUGCAGUUUGAAUCUUUAUGUGUUAUUAACCACCCUAGUUAUAUUGUUCAAAUAUGUCAUAGAGUCAUACAGCAAAGAAACAGGCUCUGUCCCCUUGGUCCAAUUCAAUUAUUUAUCUGGACACUUGUUAAAUGUUGUGAGAGUCUCCACCUCCCUCACAGACUGUACAUUUCAGAUUGAACACUCUCCGAGUGAGAAAAAUCUUCCUCAGAUCUAAAGGCCCUUCCCUUCUUAUCUUAAACUGUACCAUAAAGUGUUAGAUAACUCUGCUUUGGGGAGACGUUUCCUGCCCCAUCUAUGCCCCAGAUAAUUUUGUAUCAGUUCUCCUGCCAGCCUUUUUCACCCAAACAAAAUAUCCCGGUGAGUCUCCUCUGCACCCACUCCAGCGUAAUCACAUUCUUCCUGCACUGCAAUACUCUAGCUGUAGCCUGACCAAUGUUUUAUAAAGUUGUAAACAGCACAUCCUGCUCUUAUAAUGAAGGCAAGCUUUCUUUAUGCCUUCUUCACUAGCCCUGCCCACCUGUGCUGUGUUGCAGGGAUUACAGUGUGGAGGAGAGAUACAGCACGGAAACAGCCCCGUGGGUCUGUGUUGACCAUCAGCCACCCAUUAAUCCGACAUUAAUCACCCUUUUUCUCUCCACAUUCCUUGGACAUGUACACCUAGGUCUCUCUGUUCCUCCUUAUUAGAGCUUCCCAAGUGCAUCACUCACAUUUACCAGGAUUAUAUCCACUGCCCAAUCCUCUGCCCCUCUUAACAGCUGAUCAGUAUCGUACUAUAAUUUAAGACUAUCCCAUAACACAUGCUAAAUUCAAUAGCAUGUAUACAUUCACUGGGGUGUCUAAUCACCACACACACUGAUUGUUCAUGUUACAUGGAGUUCUACUGACUGCUCCCUUAUUACAUAUAAUAGUACAUCACAGGAACAGGCUCUUGUCUGUGUCGACCAUGAUGCCAUCUGCCUGCACUUGAACCGCAUCCUUCCAUUUCCUGCCUGUUCACGUGUCUUUCUAAAAGCUUCUUAAAAGUUGCCACGACAUGCGUUUCCACUAUCUCCCCUCACAGUGCACUUCAGGCAUCUACCACACACUAUGUAAAAAAAUGAGCCUUGUAAAUCUCGUUAAAAUUUUCCUCCUCUCACCUUAAUGCAAUGCUUUUGGUAAAUGACAUUUUCACCUUGGGAAAAAGACUGACUGUCCAUCGUAGCUAUGCUUCUCAUAAUUGUAUUUACUUCUAUCAGUUUACCACUUUGAUGCUCCUGAGAAAUCAAUCCUAGUUUGUUCAACUCUUUAUAGCUAAAUCCCUUGUUUCCAGAAAGCAUCCUGAUGAACCUCUUCUCCACCCUCUCCAAAGCCUCCAUAACCCCCCUGUAAUGAGGCAAAGACAACUGCACACAAUAAUGUGAAUGUGGUCUCACCAAAAUUGUAUGCAGCUGCAACGUUACUUCCCAAGUUCGAGUUUGAAACUCGUGUCCUAAGCUCAACAUGCCAACCGAUGAAGACAAGCCUUCUUUACCAUCAUAUGUGUUUGUGUUGCUGCUUUCUUGGAACUGUGGGCUUGAAUCCCAACAUCCGUCUGUGCAAAAUGCUCCUAAGGGGUCUAUCCUUUUCAAAAUACUUUCCUUUCACAUUUGACUUUCCAAAGGUCCACUCUCACACAUGUCCAGAUUAACUCCAUCUGCCAUUUCUCCAUCAUAUUUCUAGUGUUCAUAUUCCUGCUGUAUCCUUUCACAAUCUUCUUCAAUAUCCAUAGUUCUGCCAAUUUCUGUGUCAUUUGCAAACUUACCAAGCAACAUUUUUAUUCAAAUCAUUUAUAUGACAAACAACAGAGGUCCUGGCACUGAUCUCUGCAGAAUACCACUGGUCACAGAGCUGCAGUCAGAAUAACAACCCUUUGUGAGUGUGUAGAAGAGGUUCAUCAGGAUGCUUUCUGGAUCCAAGGGAUUUAGCUAUAAAGGAUAGACCCCUUAGGAGCACCCUCUCUCUUCUAUGGCAGUCAUUUAAAAUCCAAUGUACCAAGUCAUUAUGGAUCCCACAGCUACUCAGCUAGCAGAGAUUUAACAACACAUUCCUACUCCUAUUUCCUUUGAUUUUUCAAAUCUUUUCCACCUCACCUAAUACAUAGUCCCUCUAGUUCCUGAUUUCUCUACCCUGGAUAAAAAACGGUGUGAAUUCGUCCUAUCUACGUCUCAUGAUUUUAUGCACCUCAGUCUCCUGCUCUUCUAGGAUUAAAGUCCUAGCCUUCCCACUGUCUCCCUAUAGCUCAGGUACUCAAGUGCUGGUCACAUCCUUGACAACCAUAUCUUCACUCUUCCCAGCAUAAUGGAAUUUUUCCUCUAGCAGGGUGACCAAAUCAACACAAACUCCGAAGUGCAGCUUCACCAACAUCCUGUACAACUGCACCAUAACGUCCCAACUUCUAUCCUCAAUUCCCUGACUGAGGAAUGGCAGUGUGUCAAAAAGCCUUCACCAUCCUAUCUGUGACACCAUUAUCAAGUUAUAAUAAUUAUCCAUUCACACUGAAUAUUGAUUUCACCAGCCACAGUGAGAAACGUCUCUCAUCUGAUUGCAUCUGAGAACCUUAGCACCUAACCUAAGUUGACAAAUAUUCAUUUGCUGCAGUCAUUCAUAGUCAAGUCAAGUCAAGUUUAUUUGUCACAUACACAUACGAAAUGUGCAGUGACAAAUUGUGCAGAUUGUAUCAAGGAGCAGUUCACAGUUGAUUCACUACAAAUGACCCCUGAACUAUGGGGAGAUUGCAUUCCUAGAAAAUUAUUCAUAUCACAACUUUCCCCCUGUAAUCUAUGCAAGUGUCCAGACAUUUCAGUACCUCAAAUUUCACUGUACCUUAAUUGGUACAUGUGACAAUUAAAUUGAAUCUUGAAUCUUAAAAUGUAAUUUGCAAGAAAAAAUAAAGUGUGUUUUAUUUCUUUACUUUUUUGUCACAAAUUCUGUAAGAAGGAAAUUUUAAUCCAUAUCUCAAAUUUCUGGGCAGCGCUUUGUGAAUUCUCC